CUCAAGUAAUGAUGCCUUUAGCAUUAGUCCACACCACGGGAAGAAGCAAUUUGAAGCUUUCCUUACCAAUACUGGGCUGCUUCGAAGAGAUGGGAGGACUUGUAGGCGGUUCUAGCAUGGCUAAAAUCUUACAAGAAACGUCGUCAGUAAAUGGAGCCUUGUAUUUUGCUGGCGUGUCCCUGAUUAUUGCCGGAGUUGAAGCCAUCAUUGCGUGGGUGUUGAUAAAACGCUGGCCACCUCUCAGUGAUGAACCUGUGGCCCAGGCUUUUGUGAUGGGCGGGGAGGACAUCGCCGACGACACAGGCGACGAACUUGGCGACGGCCUCGGCAAAGGAGACACUAGUGGGGCCCAAUAAUCGUCUGUUGCAUGCGUCGAUUUAGAUACACACUUAAAAAAAAGUAGGGGAACUUCAUUUUAAAUAUACGAUUGAACAAAAUGGGAGAUAUAUCGCAGUCAAUCAAUGUUGAUAUGAAAGUAAUGAAUGUUUCGAGAGUGCAUCACCACUUGCACUUCCUUCUGGCCAUAGUUGUAGUUGUUUGCACAGUAAUCGCACUUGAAAGAUGAUUGGUGUAUGAUGUGAAAUUUGCAUGUGUACUUUUUUCAUUUUCAAAAAACGAAAACAAACAAAACACCCGGCUAGA